CUAGACUGAACGGCAGUUCGACACAGACAGCUGCACACUGCACACAGACCAGAACAAUUUGCAGGUACCUUCUCAUGUAACUGGACAGUAGACAUGGCAUCAUCUGAUAAGACUGCUGACGUCAUCGAGACUGCUGCCCUGGGAAGGCCGUUCCGUCUUGGGAUGCUGUACGAUUGCCGAAGUGAAACUCUUAUUCCAGGUGUAACAUUGUGGAAUCCAGAGGAGCUGAAAGACCAUAUUGUGGAGGACCAACGAAAUUCUGAAUAUAAUGUCAUUACAUCUGACUCAAUUACUCAGAAGGCAAAUUCCUUUAAUGUAUCAGGAUCUCUUAAACUGUCUAUUCUUGGAGGAAAGGUUAAUAUUAGUGGAUCAGCCAACUACCUCAAUGACACAAAAACGUCUUUGAAACAAGAACGGCUCACUCUUCAGUACACAACCACAACAAAGUUCAAGCUCCUAACAAUGUCUCAACUGGCACAUAAAAAUAUAACCUAUCAGGAUGUUUUAGGAAAUGGCCUUGCCACACACGUUGUCACUGCGAUCGUAUAUGGGGCAGGAGCUUACUUUGUCUUUGACAGACAGUCUUCUGAAAGUGACAAAAACACAGAUGUAAAGGGGCAAGUCAAUGUCAUGCUGGAUAAGAUCAAAGGUUUCUCAGCUGAUGCAGGCGCAGCACUUGACAUAGCUAGGGAAAACAAGUCUGUCGAGAAUUCCUUCAGAUGCACUUUUCAUGGGGACUUCAACCUACCCAACAACCCAGUCAAUUUCGAGCAGGCUGUUAACGCUUACAAAACACUACCAACACUGUUGGGAGAGAAUGGAGAGCAUGCCAUUCCAGUCAGGGUGUGGAUGUACCCUCUGACGAAGCUGAACUCAGAAGCUGCAAAACUUGAAAGACAAAUUAGUGACAACCUCGUGAUGAGGACAACUGCAGUCAUAGAGGAAUUAAACAAGACAGAGAUGAGAUGCAACGACCUGAAAAGCAGAUAUCCAAUGCCUGAAAUAUCUGAAAUGGAGAAGAAGAUUCAAAUUUUCAUGAGAAACUGCUCUGUCUACAAAUUGCAGUUUACACAGAAGCUUGGAUCAGUACUUCCAUCUAUCCGAGGUGGUGGACAAGAGGAGAGUGUCCUUACACACAUCCUUGAAGCACAUGAAGAAUCGCCUUUCAAUAGCACUGACCUGAAUCAGUGGCUGACCCAGUGGGAAAAGGAAUCACAUACGCUGUCCACAAUACUUAGGCAACUAAAGGAAAUGAAGGUAGACAUGGAUGUCAACCUGGGCGAACUUUGGCUUAAUUUAAAUAUCAAAAAGAUUGUGAGCUUCUCAUUUACCUCUGUCGCCCAGCCAGAUGAUUUCCUCAAGACACUCUCAAAUUUUCUCAACUCGACAUUGAGAGGCCAGAUGGAGCUCUUUUACAGAAGAGACACAGAGUGGCCCACCCCUAGUUCUACAAGCAUACUGGAAAUGAGGGAACAGUUAAACCUGUUUCAGCAGUUGAGGAAACAGAUUGGGGAUGAGGCCAAAUACAUUGUGGGAUCACAAUAUGAUGGCCGUAACCCUGGGGUCUGUAUAUACGUAUGGGAAGAUGAGUGUGAUGAGCUUGUUCCAUUCAUUGCUCCAUCCAAACCUGACACUCCAGUUGUCCAUAAAGCUCUCACGGAUGGAUUUAUACUGGAGGCACCAAAAGCAGACUCUGGCACUGUUAAGUACGUGGUAGAAGUCAAACCUCACAAAGGAGAAUGGGAACGUCUAUCUGAGCAGACAAGACCGGGAUGGGAAAUAACACGUGUGAAGGUGAUGCAGUAUGAUGAGCUGAAGAGCCGGUGGGAGAGCAGUUGGAGAGAAGAUGAACGAAGAGCAAAUAUUGGCAAGAGAAAUAUCACCAAGUGUGCAGAGAAAGGUUGUGGAAAAGAUGGAAACUGA